AAGUAUGGGUUGCCCAGUCUGGAAAACGUGCGAUUGCACGGGCACUACAUCACCUCGAUCAACCACCGCACUCGGGUGCCCAAUUGGGUUCUGCAACACCUGACGGCCGAGAGCCUGGCUCUGGGAGAUGCCGAUCGCAAGUUUGCUCGCUUUACCGAAGAUGACUACGUUCACCUUCCUUUCCGGGCACAACUGAAUGAUUACCGGCGCAGUGGCUACUCACGCGGGCACUUGGUGCCUGCCGGCGAUUCACACUUCUCCACGGAUGCCAUGCAAUCGACGUUUCUUCUCAGCUCCAACAUUGUGCCGCAAGACAUGUCCAUGAACGGUUGCGACUGGCUGCGGUUGGAAAAGUGGACACGCGACCUGACCCGCCAGUAUCGCAACGUCUAUGUCGUCUCCGGUCCCCUUUGGCUGCCCUCGCGUGACCCCGAAACGGGCAAGAUGGUGAUCACACACGAGGUCAUUGGGCAGAACCAAGUGCACGUCCCAACGCAUCUCUUCAAGGCCGUCUUGGCCGAGCAAGAAGACGGCCAAGACCGUGCAGUGGCUGCCUUUAUCAUGCCGAAUCGGCCCAUCAAGGAUGAGCUUCCCUUGCAACACUACCAGGUCCCCGUCUCUGAGGUGGAGCGCAUGGCGGGUAUUCACAUCUUUCCCAAAGCGCAA